AUCUUGAUAGCAGUAAUUGAAAGAUCUUGUCAUUUCAGGUACUACCAAUAACGGUGGCCCCUUAUCAAACUACUAAUCGACUACAAUUCCCUUUAACGGCAGCUGUAAAGAAACAUCUUCGUUUGGUCCUGGGGCUUUGGGGUUCAUGUAUUGAGGUUUUCUGUGCUAAUCCAGGCAGGUUAGUGUCGUCCUUCGUGCUCAUAAUCCCGUUAGCCGAGCCUCUCUUCAUCCUAAUCCAGCCAGAACACUGCUGUCCGUCCUGGGCUCUGUCACCCUCAGGUAUGCAGCUGUACCAACACUGAACAUACAGGAUGUUUAACUGGGUGGUAAAAGUGGUCCCUCAGCCCCCUGAUGUCCCUGACUCUCUGGGAGAGGGAACGGCCAAUCCAGCACCCGUAGCAGCGCCUCCUCAAAAAGCGUCCAAAGAGGAAGUAAAAAAAGAAGUAAAGGCAAAACCGGCCAAACAGAAGGACGUUGAUGUCUCGGAAGACAACAGUAUUCAGAGUCAGAGUGGAAUGAUGACAUGGCUAUCCAAUGGGUUUACUAUUGCUCUGCCUCAACCAGGCACCCCUGACCCCCACCGGUCCAACUCUGUGUCCAAGUCACUGCAGGAGGACGAAAGGAAUGGGGUGAUUAAGUGGAUUGCAGAUGGACUGAGUAAAGUGGUGCCCCAACCAGAUGACAAGUACAGAGAGGAGAUCUGUCAGGAUGAGGAGGUCACAGAGGUUUAUGAAAUUAAAGAUUUGCCAGAUGCAGAGCCCCUCCCACAUAUACCCGUGGUUGAGAUGUUUUCAGACGAUGAGGAGGAAUUUCAGGCCCCCCAGUUUCCCAAUGUGGUUAAUUGGAUUAAGAAUGCCAUUCCUCAGCCUGUGAUGCUCCCUGCAGGGUAUGUAGAAGCCCAGAGUAAGGCCCAACAGGCACAGUCUAAGAGGUCAUCUAUGGACAAAGUUCUGUCACCACCUCCUGAGUCUCUCAAAGGUGACGAGGACUCGCAAAACUCCAAGGUCGUGGGCUGGUUCGUGACAGGCCUUGGACUAAAAAUGCCACAGCCUGUCACAAAAUCCACAAAUGAUGUAGAAGUUGUUCAGAAUGUCUCCCAAAAACCCAAACAAGCGGAUCUGGUCCUGGAGGAAGUGGUCGAAGGGGACUUGAAGGAUCUGAGUCAGGUGGUGACACCCAAGGCCAUGCAUUCAGAAGCACCGAACACACAGCCAGCCAUGAUGCCUCCGGUGCAGAUUGCACAGACAAAAAUACCAGUGAAACCCGAAGAACCAGAACCAAAUCUCCCGAACGUGCCGGAGUCUGCCACACCAUCGCUGGAGGAUGCUGAGACUCAGACGGGCAGGUGGACUCCCUUCAUAGAGAGCAUUAAGAGGGAGGCCGAGGGCAUCGCCAUUGCAACCAUGGAGGAACGGAUGACCCAGGAGCGACAGGACUUGGUGCGAAUGGCUGAGGAAGUGGCCAGACACACAGCUGAAAUGACAAUCAGGCAGAUGCAAGAGGCCCAGUCAAUCAAGUUGUCCAUUCACAGCCAAGAAGCCAUUCUGGAGGAAGACGAAGACCCGGAGUUACACAGCCUACAGGAGGAGAGUGAGGUGGAGCACACUAACAAUAAGAUAACAGAGUGCCAGGUGUGUCCUUCUGGGGAGGAACCAGGGAAGGCUGCCGAGACUGCCCAGCAGUCAGAGCCCAGGGAGGUUGCAUCAACGUACGUGGAACCAGAGCCAGAGGAACCACAGCCCCAGGGAGCAUCUCCAUCCCCUCCUCCCAGCCCGGAGCCGGAGCCUAAAACAAAGGCCCAGGAUGCUGAAGUAGCACCGGAACCGGUGACCCAACAACCGCAGACGGCAGAUGGUACGGGGGCCGGCGACAAACCUGACACAAAGGAGGAGGAGGAGAAUGCAGAGGAGAGUGGAUGUGGUGCUACCUCAAGGCUUGGUUUACACCCGGCGGUCAAUGUGGAGGACGUGGAUUCUGGUGGAAAGGAGCAAGGCCUCCACCACAUUCCACAAAUUCUCACCCCCCAGGACCCCAACCUCAAGAAUCUCACUGUACCUGGAGUGUCCAAAAUCAGCCGACAAUGCAAAGUUGCUGAAAAAGAUAAGAAGAAACCCAGGAAUAUCUGGACCAAGAUAAAGAAGCUGUACUCUCAGAGCGAUGAAGACGAAGAGGAGAUGGAGACCGCAAUGAGGGCGUGGCCUAGCCAGUCCAGCAUCCUCAGUGGAGAAGAUGGGCUGAGGCCCGCGUCGUCUGCUAGUCAGGCCAGCUACGUCGUGAACGAGCGCUUACAGGUGCUGGUCAAGAUGUUUAAGGAGAGGACGGAGAGGGCCAAAGAGAAACUCAUUGAUCCAGACGACUCUGAGGACGACAGUCCCACCGCCUCCCCUGCAAGAGCUCCAGCCCCUCCUUGUGUGCCUUCCGAGGUGCCGCCGGCCUCCCCUGAGAGGGAGCUGGAGGAGCAGCAACGACAGCCCAAGUCCAGAUUGUGCUUCAAGGUGACACCUCCCGGAUGGAUCCAAGCCCUGCUGCGCUACCGCUUCCCUGCUAGUAUCGACCCAUUCACCAAUCUGGUCUAUGUUCUGUGGCUGUUUUUCGUCACCUUGGCUUGGAACUGGAAUGUGUGGAUGAUCCCAGUGCGCUGGGCCUUCCCCUACCAGACCCCGAGUAACAUCUACCUGUGGUUACUCAUGGACUACCUGUGUGACCUCAUCUACAUCCUGGACAUGCUGGUCUUUCAGCCUCGUCUGCAGUUUGUCCGCGGUGGAGAUAUUGUGUUUGACAAAACGGACAUGAGAAAGAACUACAUGAAAACCUUUCGUUUCAAGAUGGAUGUCAUCAGUCUUGCUCCACUGGAGUUGUUCUAUUUUAAAACUGGAAUCAACCCACUCCUCCGAAUCCCACGGGUGCUUAAGAUAAUGUCUUUCUUCGAGUUUAACGACCGUCUUGAGGCCAUCCUGACUAAAGCCUUUAUUUACAGAGUCAUCCGGACCACCACCUACUUGCUGUACUGUCUUCACUGUAACGCCUGUCUGUUCUACUGGUUCUCUGCGUAUGGAGGUCUGGGAUCCACUCAGUGGGUGUAUGAUGGAAACGGCAACAGUUACAUCCGCUGUUACUACUUUGCUGUAAAGACCCUGAUCACCAUUGGAGGAUUGCCGGAACCCACAACACUCUUUGAAAUCAUCUUUCAGCUCAUCAACUACUUUGUUGGUGUAUUUGUCUUUUCCAUCAUGAUUGGACAGAUGAGAGACGUGGUUGGGGCUGCUACAGCAGGACAGACACACUACAGAGCGUGCAUGGACAACACCGUCAAAUAUAUGGCCUCAUAUCGUAUACCUAAAGAUGUGCAGAACAGGGUCAAGACCUGGUACAACUACACCUGGCAGUCUCAGGGCAUGUUGGAUGAGCAGGAGCUUCUGGUCCAGCUCCCGGACAAGAUGAGGCUGGACAUCGCUGUGGACGUCAGCUAUGACAUUGUCAGCAAAGUGUCUCUCUUUCAGGGUUGUGACAGACAGAUGAUUUUUGACAUGCUGAAGAGACUGAGGUCCGUUGUCUAUCUCCCAGGGGACUAUGUCUGUAAAAAGGGCGAAGUUGGACGGGAGAUGUACAUAAUCAAGGCUGGGGAGGUGCAGGUGGUUGGUGGGCCGGACGGGAAGACGGUGUUUGUCACGCUCAGGACUGGGUCAGUGUUUGGGGAGAUCAGUCUGCUGGCUGUAGGUGGAGGGAACAGAAGAACAGCAAAUGUGGUGGCUCAUGGAUUCGCCAACCUGUUCAUUCUGGACAAGAAGGACCUCAAUGACAUUUUAGUGCAUUACCCAGAGUCUCAGAAGCUUCUCCGGAAGAAGGCCAGGAAGAUGCUGGCAAAAGACAAGAAGCCUCCAGACCCUCCGAAGGAGCCUGCCCAGGUUAUUCCUCCUCGAACGGAGACUCCCAAGCUACUCAAAGCAGCUCUGGAGAUGGCUCAGCAGAAAACAGGCCUCAAAGGGACCCUCGCCAAGAUAAAACAGAAGACCCACAAAUCCAGUGUUUCUCAACAGCCCUCCUUGUCCUCCUCAGUGUCUCCUGUCUCUCCCGUCUCCAGCCUGGAGCCAGGGCGCGAGGCUGACGCCGUGUCCCCAGUCUCAAACUGCUCCACACCGCCUCAGCAGGACUCCGGUGCUGAGACACUCUUCACGGUGCAGGACCAAGCGGAGGGAGAAGAGCGUUGGAAGAGGAAAGAUGAGAGAAAGCCAUGAGUUUUCUCCCGCUGCUUUUAAGAGCCGCGUUCAUGUAGAGAAAGGGAGGAGGUCAUGUGGCCACUCUCCACGCUGCUGCCAAGAGGGAAGGGCUGUGUGUCCGAAAGUUCAUCAAAAUAUGUCUCCGCAGUCACAGAGCCCAAGUCCCGUAUUCUUUCUUACCCAUAACAGACACGUUUUCUUACCUCACUGGUUAGGUUCUUAUCCAGUGGUAGGCAGACUUUCAUGCGAAAAAUGAUAUUUAAUAACAUAGGCACUCUGGUGUUGUUCGCCACACCCAGAAAAUCGGUCAUGUCAUGACAAUUAGUCCUUUAACAAGCUUGUCACUGUGCCCGGUCACUACCCUGUAAAUCCGUCAGGGCCUAUUUAGUCCCUGGGAUUAUAGACGUUCUGGAGUCGCCGUGGUAGGAACACAGAACUAUCACCGCAUAUCACUGGCUGGACUUUACCUCAGAAUGAUGGUAAUCUCCACACAUAGACAUCCAAGCCAGGGGUGGCAAACCGGUUCCACGGAGGGCCGUGUGUCUGCAGGUUUUUGCUCUCACCUUGUACUUGAU